AUAUUGACACCGGGGUCCCCCGAGCCCGCCUCGCCCCAGGGCGCCACUAGCCGCGGAGGCCCCACGCCACCACUGGCCACUGGAGCCGUCGCGCAGCACCAACCGGCAGCGGCGAGUGUCUCGGGUGAGGUCCUGCAGACUUGACCGGACAGGAGAGCAGACUGCUCCUAUUUCGAAGACGGCGUUCCGGGAGCCAGCCAGGCGCAGAUCGCAGGCACCAUGCGGUCCUUCUGGGAGCUUUUCCACACCAGCGUGAUCGUGCAGACCAAGGAGUACUUCGAGAAGAGCACCCUACACGGCGUGCGCUACAUCGCCGAGAACAGCAGGCCGUUCAUCGAGAAGUUCAUGUGGUUCUGCACGACGGUCCUGGGGCUGGUCGCGGCGCUCGUCAUCAUCGUGUCGCUGUGGGAGAAGUUCCAGACCAACCCGACCAUCACGGGGCUGGACACGGACUUCCACAACUGGGACGUGCCCUUCCCGGCCGUCACCCUGUGCCAGGACAACCCCAGCAACGAGUCGCUCGUCGAUGAUUACGUCAACAGGCGACCCUACGUGGACGACCCCAACCUACCGCAGAACGACCUCAAGAAGAUUGUGUACGAGGUGGUCAGCCGCUGCAACGUGCUGCUGGACUGUGCCUACAAGGGCGAGCUGGACCUCGACUGCUGCAAUUUCUUCUCGCCCAUCUUCACGGAACAUGGCUUCUGUUACACCUUUAACCUGCGCUUCAACGAGACGGAGUGGCCUUACGACUACAACCGACGGCCCGUCUUCACAAAGGAGUUCAUCCAGGAGACGGACAUGACGUGGUCCAUGGCGGUGGACACGAACGACGCUCAGAACAACACCAUUUCGGUGUACAUCGGCAGCAACGACGACCUGCCCACGCUCGACAUGGCCCCGCAGCACGUCUGGAACCGUCGCAUCGCGCGGCUCUCGUUCGACGCCAAGGAGACGUACACGACGGACUCGGCGCGUCAACUGUCUAUCCGGCAGCGGCGCUGUGUGUUCGAGGACGAGAUCGCACUGGUCACGGACACGAUCUACACGUUCACGGCGUGCAUGCGCCAGUGCCGCAUGGAGCUGGCUCACGCGCUGUGUGGCUGCAUCCCACCCUUCUACCCGCCGCCCGCUCGCAAGGUCAAAGGCUACAAAAUAAACUUUCGGUACUGCACGCUGAAAGAACUGGGCUGCAUCGCCAAAAAUGCUGACAAGUUCAGCAACCGGCUCAGCAAAUGCUCUUGCGAGUUGGGCUGCAGCAACACCGUGUACGAGAUGGAGAAACUGUUGGAACCGACAGAUCCGAACGGGGACGAUGGAGCUGAAUUUCUGGAGAUCGGGUUCGUCUCAUGGCCCAUGCAGAAAUACAAGAGGGAAGUCCUCUUCGGAUGGGUGGACUUGCUUGUGGCCUUCGGUGGCAUCGCCGGGCUGUUCCUGGGAUUCAGCCUCCUCAGCGGGGUAGAGAUCGUCUACUACUUCACCUUGCGGGCCUGCUGCAUGGUGUGCCGCGACAAAGAGAGCCUGGAGCGGCUGGCCCUGGAAUACGAGCAGAUGGAGCAGCCCAAGGUGGACCUGUCGCUCAGGCCUGCCUUCAUGGACCCCAGGGGCAAGGAGGGCCAGCAGCAGGAGCAGGGGCAGGCGGACUCGAAGGACCUGAAGGCCCCAAAGGACCUGUGGGCAGCCGCGUUGGAUUCGGACUCCAUCGGGGGGCUCGGCUACGGCAAGGGACGUGCAUAUACUUCUGGACGAGGUGCCAAAGCUGCCACGGGGCAGCGUCGACGCACAACCGGCAGGAACGUCAAGAACGCCGGGAGCAACUGGCCUUUGCCUUAUAUCCCAUGAAUAAAGUGCCCAGAACUGCCGA